AUGGGGUCUAGGUCUCCGGUCGUGAUUUUCCGCGAUGUCGCAUUUUGCUGGCAGCGUCGGUUCUCAGAGGCUUCUCAGACGCCUCUUGCAGGGGCCGCUUGGGGGCCUCUUGCUCCUCUUUGGAGGCCUCUGGGCGAGUUUGACCAGCGCAGAGCUCUCCAGGGGGCCUCAGGACGCUCCUCUCGCUGCCUCACGGCACGGUGGCGGAUAUUUGCCACCGCGAAGCGCCACAGUGCCGCGCACGCGGCCGCAUUGGAGGGGAGGCUGGAGGAGAUCUGCGGGGCCCGCGGCGUGGAGUACCUCGGAAGCGUGGACGCCAACUCAGCAGAGGUGGUGGAGCGCGCCCGCAAAGUAGACCUCGUCGUCAUCGGGGGCUACGACGGCAUCCUGAAGGGGCCCGUCUUGGAGGCGCCCCUCCACGGCGUCAUCAACACGCACCUCGGCGUGCUGCCGCUCAACCGGGGGUGCUGCCCGACCAUGUGGGCGCAGCUCCAUCUCGGGGCGGACGACACGGGGGGGCGCUUGGCCACUGCCACUUCCGGAGCCGGCGGCGGCGUCGGGAUCUUCAUGCAAGCCCUCGGAGUCGGUGCCGAGAUCGACUUUGGCGGCACGCUCGAGGUGUACGUGGCGGACCCCGCGCUCGGAGGGCUCCUCGACACGAACCGUUGCGUCUAUGACGCCCUCUCCGAGGCGGCGGCGGCCAGGUUUGCGGCCACGCUGGACGCCUUCGAGGCCGGCGAGCCCCUGGGCAGGUGCGAGGGUCGAGAGGCCUACCACCGCAAAGGGAUGCCCAACGACGCCUGGCUUUCGUUCCACUGGAGCGGCCCCUUCCUGCGACGCUUCUCGCUGGCGCUGGACUUCGCCCCGUACCUGCCAGGGCGCUGCCGGGUUGCGUCCGCGGGCGGCGAGGGCGAGGGCGAGAUCUCCGUCUCCGUGGAGGGCGAGUGCGAGGUGCCCGCGGGGGCCGCGGCCGCGGUCGGGGAGGUGCUGCGGAGCGCAGGGGACGAGCUGCACGUGCGCACCGCGCGGGGCGCGGUGCUCUGCCGGCUGCGGCGGGGGCCGCUGCCGCCGGCGGGCUCCGUGCUCUCCUCGGGGCGGCCGCCGGGGGAGGCCUCCGCGGGCCCCUGCCGGCACCCCAUCGACGAGCUCUUUCUGGGCUUCGCGUGAUUCGCCGAGCGCGUUCCGCUGCUCGCAAAGUGCC